AUGCUGACCCUCUUAUGUCCUGUGCCAGCUCCCCUCGGCCUACUGAGCCUGCUGCCCCCCCUCAGGCCUGCGGCCCCCAUCUCCCCAUCAGAGCCCAUCAGUCAAGCCUAUAGCCUGGCUCUCUACAUGCAGAAGAACACGUCGACGCUGCUGCAGACCUACCUGCAGUACCAGGGUAGCCCCUUCAGUGACCCUGGUUUCUCAGCUCCUGAACUCCAGCUCAGCAGCCUGCCUCCUGCUGCGGUGCCCUUCAAGACCUGGCAUGCGAUGGACGAUGCAGAGCGGCUAAGCCGGGCCCAGGGAGGCUUCCUGGCCCUGACCCAGCACCUCCAGCUUGUGGGGGACGACCAGAGUGAUCUGAAUCCUGGCAGUUCCAUUCUGCUGGCCCAGCUCGGAGCGGCAAGACUCAGGGCCCAAGGCCUACUGGGCAACAUGGCUGCUAUCAUGACUGCUCUAGGGCUGCCCAUCCCUCCAGAAGAGGAUACUCUGGGUCUUGUCCCUUUUGGGGCCUCAGCCUUUGAAAGGAAAUGUCGAGGCUACAUAGUGACCCGGGAAUAUGGUCACUGGACGGACCGGGCUGUGAGAGAUUUGGCUCUACUCAAGGCCAAGUACCCAGCAUAG